AUGCGUCUCCCAGGACGCACCCUUGCCCGCGGCCGAGAGCGCCUACUGCGAGCCACCGGCCUGGUGGUGGCGCUGAGCCGGCGCAGCCGCUGGGCGGCCGCGCUGCAGGUCUUCCGCGCCCUCCGCGACGACGAGGCCGCGGCGGACGUCGACGCGGUGUGUUUCAACGCCGCGCUGGCGGCGUACCGAAAGGCCUCCCACUGGCAGCAUGGCCUUGGUCUCCUGGCGGAGAUGAAGCAGUGCAGAGUCCGGCCAAGCGUCGUCACCUACAACACGUUGGCGAGUGUCUGCGCAGAGUCCGCCGCCUGGGCGGCGGCCCUGGCAGCGGCGGAGAACGGCGGCGCCGCGGGCUGCGGCGCCGCGGUGAGCGCCUGCGGCCGGGCGAGCCGCUGGCGAGCCGCACUGGCGCUGCUGGCGGAACUGCCACGGCUUCUGAUAGAGCCGGACCAGGUCACUCGCAACGCCGCCCUCAGCGGGCUGGCCUAUGCAGCACAGUGGCAGCGUGCGGUGGCGCUGUUCCCGGCGCGCGACAGCUACGCCCGCCUGGCCGUAGCCACGGCCUUGGCGCAGAAGGCGCAGUGGCAGCGGGGCCUCGAACUGUUGCAGGAGGCUUGCGUUUCUGGCUUUUACAACGUUGACCUGAAGCGUUUGGAUAUCGAGGAUGGUGACUUUCAGUUGCGGUAUGUCACCAACUUCUUGCAAAGCUUGGAUGCUCACUACAAGGUGCCGGACCUUCACUCCCUGGGGCCAGGCCACGUUCACUAUUUGCGCUUCUGUUUCCGAGAAGACUUGGAGAGUGGCAUCAUCGACAAAUGCGAAACCUUCACUGACUUGCCUAAAAGGUUUCCACCUUCUGCGGGCGACCUGGUUCUGUACACCAAGCGAUGGCUCGGCGACCAAUCCAUUGCUGCCCUGCACGUUGUUGUUCCCCAGGAACACGUUCAGCAAAUCCGCGAGGGGCACUCUGACCCAGCCGGUGUUGCAGCCCUGAGGCCGAUCGGCGACAAAGUCGCCAAAAACAUCAAUCGCUAUGGCCCCGUUUGUGUUCGCCAGGGUGACAUUACCCAGGGCGCCUUUGAUUAUUUGUCUCACUGGGUAAGUGGCUCAUUGCCCGUAGUGCCCAGACCAAAGCGGUAUGACAUACUUUCACACCGCUGGUGCGCGAACAAAGCCACCAGAAAGCCACACACAUGGAGCCCGCCUGGGCGUGUGAAGGUCGUUGAUGUCAGCCUUGGUCGCGAUGAUGAUGUCGAUAGUGGCACUGAGAGCGAAGGUGCUGUGGAUAUGGAGCAGUAA